AUGUACGUCUCGUCAACAGGUGAUAACCACGUUCCAAUACUGGCAGAACGCGGUGAUUGCGUCAAGAGUAGGGUAUGUUCGACUAGUACAUGCUAUGAUAGCAAGGUGACAUACGAAAGGCAGAAACCUAUUCGAGCGGACGGGAAAGUACACAACGAUAUAAGCCCGACGACAGAUGUGCGCUCUGCCUUCUAA